GUCACUUGAACUUGUGUUCUCAUGUUCUGUUGUGAUCAGGAAAUUUUGUGGUAGAAUUUUUGACGGCCAUUUAGUGUAUUUUGUAGUUAGAUAUUAUUUGAAUCAUGAAUCCUCCAAACAAUCCAGAAGAGGAUGGAUAUUUUAUUAAAGGAAUCUUUAAAGGCCAUACUUCUGAUGUACGAGUAAUAAAAGCAGCUCGUUUUCCUAAAGGCGGUUUUGUUACCGGCUCCAGGGAUAAUUUAGUGAAGCUUUGGGUUCCUGACAGUGGAAGCAAAUAUAAAGAUGAAUAUGUAUUUAUGGGUGCAAAGAAGUAUAUAGGGAGUUUAUGUGCCCUUCCAGAAAGUGCCCAGUUUCCAAAUGGGUUGAUUUUAGCUGGCAGUCAUGAUUGUGCAAUUUAUGGAUUUACUCUUUCUUCAAAGGAGCCAGUUAUGAAACUUUUAGGACAUUCAGGUGCAGUUUGUUCUUUAUCUGCUGGAUUUGGCCUUUUUGUGAGUGGCUCUUGGGAUGGAACUGCUAGAGUUUGGUCUGGUCAACAAUGCACUUCUGUUUUGGAAGGUCAUGGUGAAACUGUAUGGGCUACAGAAGUGUAUCCAUUGCAAAAUAUGAUAAUAACAGCAUCAGCUGACAAAACUAUACGAAUCUGGCGUCAAGGAGCCUGUGAAAAUGUGCUCUAUGGUCAUACUGACUGUGUUAGAGGCCUGGUUAUAACAAAGGAUCUAAAAAUCUUGUCUUGUAGUAAUGAUGCUACAAUUCGCCGUUGGAAUAUUAAAGGAAUAUGCUUAAAUGUUUUUGAAAGUCAUGAUAGUUACAUAUAUAGUAUCACCCUCCUAAAUAAUGGAAUUGAUUUUGCUACUUGUGGUGAGGAUGAAAAGGUCAAAAUUUGGAAAAGAGGAACAUGUGUGCAGACAAUAGCUAUACCAUCUAAAACGUUAUGGAGUGUUGCUUGUGUAGCAAAUGGAGAUUUAGUAGUAGGAUGCAGUGAUGGAUCUGUUUAUAUUAUUGCUGAUGAAGCAGCAAAUAGUGGACCACAAGGAGAUGAUACUAAUUUAUUGGGAAUGGAAUUUGUUAGCUAUGAAUGGAAUCCCUUGAAGAAAGCAUGGGUAAAGACAAAAGAUGGUGAAGAAAGCUCUGACCCUCAAGCGUUAGAUAAGCCAUUAAAGCUAAAAGAUUUUGAGUACUAUCUUGAAAUUGAUGGAGAAUUGUGCAGAUUAAUGUUUAACAAGAAUGAUGAUCCUUAUGAAGUAGCUGUAAACUUUAUUGAUGAUCAUAAAGUGGAUCCUCUUUACCUUAGUGCUAUUGUAGAGUACAUUGUGCAAAGUCGUGCUUCAUCUAAACUACCUUUUAGUUACAAUGAAUAUUUCCCUGUUCAAACAUAUUACAAGUAUUUGAAGGCCAAUGUUGCUGGUUUAAAAGCUAAAUUGCUGGAAUUCACUGAUUUUGUUUCAAAGCCUCAUCAUAUUCCACCUUCGAAGAUAGAAAGUCUUGUGUUACUUGCAAGUUAUCCUGAGCAAGUUACUCAGGAGCAGCUGGGAAGCUUGGAUUUAGUAAUUAGCUGGGAUGAUGAAUACCUGUUUCCUGCCUUGGAUUUGUUACGUCUUGCCAUACGUUGUGAAGGUGUUAGUGUGAAGAUUGGGAGUGCUGCAUUGAUAAAUCACUUGUUACACAUUUUAAGAAACACUAAAUUAUGUGUUAACCGUGUUUUAAUAGUUAAAAUAUUUUGCAAUCUUUUUGAUGUAAAAGAUGGGGUUGAAUUAAUGAUCAAAUUCCAAGCUAAGAUCUGUGGAACCGUGAAAGAAGCUGUAUUGUCCACUGAGAAAACCCAUAAGUCAGCUUCAUCCCUCUUAUUCAAUUAUGCUGUUGCUGCUUUCCAUGAUUUACCACUUGAUAUUGAUUUAUAUUGUUUGGAUUUGAUUGACAUGAUGAAAGUUAUUGUCGAUUCUGAUUCAUUGUAUAGAAUAUUUGCUGCGGUGGGAACCUUGUGUUUUGCUAAUCGUCCAGCUUUUAUGUUUUUGCAGUCAUUGAAUUUCUAUGAUUUAGUGCUUCCUUGUCAGAAACAUGCUACUGGAAAUGCUAAUGCUGUCUUAAAAAAGUUGCUUGAAGCUUUUCACCCAUAAAAUAAAUUAGCAUUUAUCAUUUAUGUAAAUUCAUGGGCAUUCAUGGGGUUAAGAAUUUCUUUUCAAAAUUUACAUGCCUUCAUAAUUUUUUAAAUUCUAAAUAACAGUUUUAAUAAUUAUUUGUCCAAAUUUUUCCCAGUAGUUUUCAAUAAUGCAACCAUCAAUUUCAUUUUCCCAUUAAAUGCGGAAAGAAACGUUAUAGAACAAUGUGGUAUUUUUAUUUGCAUUUCUUUAUGUUACCAAAGUUAUUUCAUAUAAUUAAUGCAAUAUUAUGUAAUGCAUCUGUGAUACUACAUUUGUGAACUCUUUAUAUUCUGAUUAUAAAUGUUUCAUUUUUACUACACUUUUUAU